AUGCCAGCCGUGUGGGAAUUCAUGAAGGCGCGUAGGCAUCCGCGUGAGAUAGGGGAGGAACCUUACGAGGGGGCGAUGCAGGCUGCGGGAAAGGUACCUCGGGUUUGUGUUGUGAGGGUACGAAGGACCUUGGAGAAGGAGGUUGGUCAGGCGGGAUUGAGGCCGGGCACCACUGGUGAAGCGGCUCAAUCGCCUGUGGGAAAGAAGACGACUCAAGAGCAAGUACAGGAGGCCCCGAUACCGGCUAAACCGCCAAGGGGAAGGGGAAGUCGGUCGGCUACACCGGAGAACCGGGAGGUUGAGGUUGUCUCCACUAUGGAAAUUAGCGAGCUCUCUAGGCCCACAACGCCUGGAGGUAGAGAUACCGAGAUGGUCUCUUCCGAUUUGGGUGCGGAACCGAGUAGAGACUCAUCCUCGUCGGACACGGUCAUCCGCCGGAAGUUGACUGCCCCUAAAAGAAAAAGGACUUCGGCGUUCCAGAGCUCUCCGGAGGCGGAGAACGCUGCGGAAGCACAUGACUCUCCGAGGGGCAGGCUGAAGACUGAUCAAAGGAAAGAGAUUGAUUCUAGGCUAAAAGGGAUUGAGCUGUUAUCUUCCUCAGACAUGGCCGCCCUAGCCAUGGAGUGGCUUCAGGAAACUGAAGAUUGCCGAAUGAAGUCGGGGAACAUCAAGGGUUCCUUGAACAAGAAAAUUAAAGUCAAUGUCAGUUCCGUGGCGGGGGUAAUUAAGAUUCUCGCCAUGAGGACGGCUGCGGAGGGAGACAUUGGCUUCCUUCGUUCCAAACUGAUGGAACUGCAGAAGGAGGUCACUGGGCUCAAGGAGGAAAACGAGCAGCUCAAACUACAGGUGCAGGACUUGCGGAGUGGGGCAUUGAUCAGGGAGGCGCCCGCGAGGGCUGAUAAGCCCGGACCUGUGAAGUCCCCUGGGGCUUUGUUGGUGUCUCCUGCGCCUUUGAGAGAGCUGAUGGAGGCUAGCAUAAAUAGUGAUAUGGGUCUGCUUUCGGGGGUCGCUGACCGUGCGUCACUGAGAGCUCAGCAGUUUCCGGCCCCGUCUGGAGUGGAGAAUAUCUUGGGCGAAGCAUUCUUUGAUCGAAUGGCGGCGACCAUUAGUGGGGCCAUGGAAAGUGCACUCCGUACGCAGCUACUUGCGUUGGGUGCCCUUGGAGAUGGGAUGCAGGGCAGAGAACGGCCUCGUGAUAUCCGAGAGAGCCUAAAAAGAAUGGAGGGACAGGACUUGUCGUCGGUUGAGCCUGGUCCGCUUGCGCCGGACACUGAGGAGGAUGGUCCUCUGCGGCCUGCAGUGUCCGCGAGAAAGAAAAAGGAGAAACACCGUGCCACGCGAGAGGAAGCGGCUUCCCAGCCAAUAUCGGGAGAGAACAAGGCGGAGAGACUCCGAGAGUUGGCAGAUUAUCCGCCGCUGCCGGUUCCUAGAGGGAAUGUCCCAGCUCCUCCUAAUGGACCGAAGUCUGAUGCAAACCAGAAGCGCGACGAGGGUGCUGCAAAAAUGACUGCACGCAAUCGGAUGCAUAGGGCGGCUCCUAAAACACCAAAAAGACGUGCUCCUCGGUCAUCGGCGGUCACCCUCGUGUGUCCGGAGAGCGGUCCUACGUACUCAGAGGCCAUUAGGGAAGCGAAGAAACACAUCGUACUUGAGGACUUGGGCAUUGCGGACACCAGGAUGCGAAGUACUGUCUCCGGAAACAUCCUAAUUGAGAUCCCAGGGGCGGAUACCUCCCGGGCUGCUGACGCAUUGGCAACCAGGUUAAGGGACGCUUUCCGCGAUACUGGAGUUCGAGUCGGCAGGCCUACUAUCAGGGGAGAGCUGAGGCUGUCCGGUUUGGACGGCUCCAUUCUGCCGGAAGAACUUGUGGAGGAAGUAGCUAGUGUGGGGAAGUGCGCCAGAGAUCAGGUGCGGCUGGGAGCAAUGCGUCUGGCCCGGAAUGGUCUAAGAACAAUCUGGCUGCAGUGCCCGUUGGAUGCCGCAAUCAGCCUGGCGGAAUCGGGGAAGAUACGAGUAGGAUGGUCUACGGCGAAGGUGGAGCUACUCAAGAGAAGGCCACUCCAGUGUUUUCGAUGUCUGGCGGUGGGCCACGUCCGUGAGAGGUGUCCCAGUGACGUGGACAGGACGAGCAAUUGCUUUAAUUGUGGUGAGCCUGGGCAUGUGGCUCGAGAGUGCGGAAAGCCGACUUGCUGUCCAGUCUGCAAGGAGCGGGGCCUUCCAUCUGCCCAUAGAGCUGGAGCGGAUACCUGCCCACCAUGCCCGCCAAAGAGGGAACCGGCCAGGAGUCCGCGUCGAGGGAAAACUAGGGUCGAUCGGAGUGAGAGGGCCACUGAGAUGGAAGUUGGUUAG